AUAAAACGACCCAACAACUUCCUUCUCCUUCCCCCGGCCUUCAUCUUUCCUUUCAUCCAUGAAGAAGUAGCAAUACGAAAGAAAUACCCAUCAUCUCUUCCUCUUCAGAAAAAACACACACUACACACCCACGCACACACAGCAACUCUUGAACACACCAUACCGCACCAAUGGGUUUCCCAGUAGGUUGCACAGACGUAUUCUUCCCCAAACUUCUGAUCCACAUUCUCACGAUUCUGGGCUUAAUGCGAAAAUUCAUCUACGUCCUUCUUUCAAUUCUGGGUCUCGGAGAUUUUCUGGAACCCGAAAUGCCGCUCCAGACCUGGCCCGAAUCCGGAGGCGAGCCGAGGUCCAUAUCCGCUUCCUUAAUCCGGGAGUUAUUACCUGUGGUGAAGUUCUCAGAGAUAAGCGACUUGGCUGCUCCGGAGUGCUGCGCUGUUUGUUUGUACGAGUUCGAAGAUGACGAUGAGAUCCGACGGCUGACGAACUGUCGGCACAUAUUUCAUAGGAGCUGUCUGGACCGUUGGAUGGACCACGAUCAGAAGACGUGUCCGCUCUGCCGGACGGCUUUUAUCCCGGAAGAUAUGCAGGACGCUUUCAACGAAAGGCUUUGGUUGGCUUCCGGGAUUUCCGAUUUCUACGGCGAGUACUCGCCGAUGACUUUAUAGGACUCAGGUUUUUAGCAGUAGUACUACUUUAUAGUGCUUUAGCGAACCUUUUUUUUUUUUUUUUUUUUAAAUCCUUUUUCUGCCUUUCUGGUUUUAACCCUGGCGGGUUUGGUAGGAGAGGUUCUCAAAUGUACAGGAGUGAAAAACAAAACAAAAAAAAAAAACUUAUAUAUUUACGAGGGGGGAAAAAAGGAUAUACGUUGAUAAAUAUGUUUUGUAUAGUCUUCUCUCCAAAAAGAGUUUGAUAAUGAGACAAUAAUAAAUAUAUAUGUUUUCCGAGAG